AUGGCACGAAAGAAGCAGGACGAUGUCUCUGAUGAGGCUGUAUCUGAGAAUGAGGAUGUCUUUUCUCAAUCAGAAGACGAUGACGAAGUAAUGACCCCAAAGGAAAGACUGCCCGCGGUGGAUGAGAAGGACUCAGAUGAAGAGGAGCUUGAGAGACUCGUGCUCGGCAACCGAGCUGGCUUCCGCGCCAAUCUUUUCAAAGAUGACGCAUCUUUCGAGGAUGGGGAUCUGAUGCAGGAUCUUCAGCUAGAAGAGGCAGCGGUGGCCAAGGAGGCGGGGCUAGAGGACGUUGACGAUUCUGCACUGUUCUUCAUUGACACAGCGGCGCAGCCCACGGGCGAGAGCCAGCUUGUCAAGGCAAAGACUGCUGCCGUGACGGAGCGCACCACAGACGGCGAUGCACCAGCAUGGUACGAUAGCGACGACGAGCGGCUGUCGAUCUCGCUCGCUGGACACUCUCGGCUGAGGAAGCUUCGGGAGACCGAGGCCGACGAUGUGGUGAGCGGUGAGGAGUAUUCUAGGAGACUACGCCAGCAGUACCUUCGUCUAAACCCGCUCCCCGCAUGGGCAAGGGAUUCAAGUCGCGCGCAAACAAAGCGCAGGAGAUCCUCAGCAUCUUCGGCCUCGUCUGUCGACUCUGACGAGGCAAGCGAUGACGACUCCGACCCGUCCGCGCUGCCUCUUGAGAGCUUCCUUCGCGAUGUCCGCCAAAUGGCCGGAGCUGGACCGCGGAAGAAGAGGAAGCUGCGCCCAGAAGUCAUCGACAUCCAGAGGACUCGAGACAUCCCUGACUCGCACAAGGGACCCGUGGGAUCUCUGUCCUUCCACCCGCAGUACCCCGUGCUCCUCUCGUCUAGCACAUCGUCUAUACUCCAUCUCCACCACAUUGCACUAACAGCACAUCCGACUCCGAACCCCCAAUUGACCUCUGUUCAGAUCAAGCAUACGCCUAUUCAGAGAUCGGCAUUCCUCGACCCAGAAGGCCAAGAGAUUAUUCUUGCUGGUCGGCGACGCUACUUUCACAGUUGGAAUAUUUCGACAGGGCUUGUCAAGAAGAUUACUAGAAUCCAGGGCCAUCGACUAGAGCAGAAGACCAUGGAACGUUUCAGACUCAGUCCCUGUGGGCGAUGGAUGGCGCUUAUAGCAUCAAGUCGUAAAGGCGGUGGCAUGCUCAACAUCCUGAAUGUCAAGAGCAUGCAGUGGGUGGCACAGGCAAGGAUCGACAGCCGUGGUGGCAUUGCGGACUUCUCGUGGUGGAGCGAUGGCGAGGGCGUUACAAUCCUGGGCAGGGACGGAGCCGUUUCUGAGUGGAGCAUGGCCUCAAAGAGAACAGUUGGGACAUGGAGAGACGAGGGGUCUAUCGGAGGGACGGUCAUGGCACUGGGUGGACACCACGGGCCGGACGCAAUCGGUGGAGACAGAUGGGUGGCUCUUGGCUCUAACAGUGGUGUCUUGAAUAUCUACGACCGAAACGAUCUUAUUGCCUCGGCCUCAAAAGGAGGAGAGAUCAAUCCCCUACCGGAGCCAAAAAGGCGCUUCGAGCAGCUCACGACCCCUAUCACCGCCGUCACGUUCUCUCCGGAUGGACAACUGCUUGCUUUCGCCAGCCAGCACAAGAAAGACGCAUUCCGGCUUGCUCAUCUACCUACAUGCACGAUCUACAGAAAUUGGCCAACUGAGCAGACCCCGCUUGGCAGAAUCACGGCGGUGGCGUUCGGGAGGCAGAGUGAUCUCCUGGCAGUCGGGAACGACACAGGCAAGAUCAGAUUAUGGGAGAUCAGGAACUAG